AGCGUGUUCUCCUCUCAUUCACCACCACCAAAAGUCACCGCCGAGACAGGAUCAACCUACCAGCUCUCAAUGCAACACAGUGCACCUCCUCUUUUACUUCGGGCAUUAUCCCAUCCGGUCAUUACCCCUCUCCAAAUCCCACCACCAAGAACCAUAAACCGGAUUUACGGAAAACGGCAGAUCAAACCGGACAAGAAUGACUUUAGAUCGCGGCCAUUCAACCCUUUUCUUAUUAGGACGGUUCCCCGCCCCACGAUGGGAAGCCCCGCAAACGCCCCUCCUCCUAAGAUUACUCUUCUCGGGAUCAUUUAAGAAGUGUUUCUUAAGACCUGUUCACUCUUGCAAGCUUGUUUGAACUUUAUACGUAAUACUUGACAAUGGCACCCACUCUUAAACCGUUCCGCGCUGAGCACAUGGGCUCUUUGCUCCGACCUCAGGCUCUUCUUGACGUCAGAGAGCAAAUCCGCGAGAAGGGCCUUAGCCCCGAGAACGCCGGCCUUGAGACUGUGGAGAACGACGCUGUGAAAGAUGUUGUCAAGAUGCAGCAAGAUCUAGGCUUCAAGGCCGUGACCAGCGGCGAAUUCACCCGUACUCGCUUCUGGGGACUUAUGUGGGACGAGUUCGAGGGAACGACCCAGCUCUCUGAUGCUGAUGCUUCCAUGUUCCGGCUUUACCACCCUGACGUGGUCAGCUUAAUCGAGACUGAUCGCCAGGUUAUGCCUGGAGAGUCAGUCAUUGCUGGUGCAAAGCUUUCCCACAGCCCUGAGAAGUCUGUUUCGAACCUCCAUGAGCUGAAGCUCGUUCAAAAGUUUGUGCCAAAGGAGGAUUGGGCUUCCAUCAAGCUUACUAUGAUUACUCCCGCCUGGUUCCAUAUGCGUUAUAAGCAAGGCAAGGCAUAUACUCCCGAGGCGUACAAGAACGAUGAGGAGUAUUUCAAGGAUGUGGCCAAGGUCUACCAGGAUGAGCUUGAUCAGCUUUACAAGGCUGGUCUGCGAAAUGUUCAAUUUGAUGACCCUGGCAUGGCUUACUUUUGCAGCCAGAAGUUCCGAGAUGGUUGGGCUGCUGACUCUGAUAACAUUGGCACCGUCGAUGAUCUUCUAGAUGCUUAUAUCAAGCUCUACAACGACAGUCUCUCCAAGAUCCCUUCAGACAUGCACACAGGUAUUCAUCUCUGCCGUGGCAACUUCAUCGGCGGCCGUCACUUCGCCGAAGGUAAAUACGACAUCAUCGCUGAAAAGCUCUUCCGCAACCUCAAUGUAAACACGUUCUACCUUGAGUACGAUACCGAGCGUGCCGGUGGUUUUGAACCUCUCCAGUUCCUCCCUAAGGACAAGAAUGUUGUUGUUGGCGUCAUCAGCACCAAGUUGCCUCAGCUGGAGGAUAAGGAGGAGGUGAAGAAGCGUGUCCUGAGUGCAGCGGAUUGGGUGGCAAAGGGAACUGGCGAGAGCCAGAAAGAAGCGCUGCAGAGAAUUGCUGUCAGUCCUCAGUGUGGUUUCAGUACUCAUGAAAGCGGAUACCCCCUCAAUCUCGAGGAAGAGAAGAAGAAGCUUGCAUUGGUUAGAGAGAUCGCCGACGAGAUCUGGGGCGAAGCUUGAGCAUUGUACAUAUACAUAGACGAAUAAAUCGCAAGCUGGCAUAGGGUCAUGCAGCCUAAUAAGAAUUCCAGCGCAUCGCAAACGAGAUAUCACGUAAAUACUUUAGAUUAUGAGGACAACCAGACCGUCGAUCUGGAGUU